AGUAAGGCAUCUUCCGUCGCGCACGUUUGCGUUCUGAGGUGUAGUUGCGGACUGCUCUGGUACAAAUUUCUGGACUGCUUUGCCGCAGCUGGACUGCUCUGAUACAAAUUUCGAAUCGCCUACGUGCUGUGAGGAACACCUACACUGACUGAUUGAACCGAUCAUUGGUGAAAUCGAACUCAUAUGACUAUGCUAGUGUCUUCUGCUUGAAUCCCUCUCAAACUGUGCUAAUGUUGGGCACAUCCAUUCAAUUUUGGUAAUGUCUCUUUUACUGUCACUCUAUUUCAUUGUUCUCCGCUCAAUAUCUCUGACUAAUCACGCUUGAUUCCAUCUACUUUGAAAAUUUCUACAUUUUCCAAAUGAACACAUGUGAAGAAUAACUUCCGUCUUGGCAGUAUCCCAAAUUUUUGUCGGUUAUGGUCAAUACUGCUCGAUUAUGACUAAUGUUACUGAUAGUGCGGUGCAAUAUGCAAAAUUCAUGUCUGUGUUGUAUGCCACGUUAGGUAUUCCUUCUGCUAUUUCUGUACUUGUUACCGGAUUAGUGAUAAGCUCUAACCGAAGACUAUUCCAAGAGUAUGCAAAUAUUUUCGCUCUCAGUGCAUGCGAAAUGGUUGAGGCUACUAGCUACAUUUUGGCUGCGUUUGGAAGAGCACCUAAGAUCCGCAAUCGCACCUUGUUCGAGAAAGCAACAGUAUAUGACUGCUUCUUCAAGACAUGCUGGCCUCAUGCUCUCAUUCUUGGCACUGAGUUGCGUGCUUUCUGCCAACUGUUGGCCUCAUGCGAGAAGCUGAGAAUAACAUUCCAUCCUAAUCUUAAAAUGUCGGGCAUGAAAAAUCGCUUACUAUUGCUUGUUCCCACCGCAGGAUUGAUUUCAAUCUCUGCAGCAUGUAUAUCAGCAUAUCUAGACGGAAACAGAAUUCUGGAAUCUUCAAGGUGUUUUAUACUGGAUAGUACGGCUUUUAGGUUUGCAACAUUUCACUUCAUAUUCAUCAGCUUCAGUUCUUUUGCAUCGUUUGGCUCAUCUAUCGUAAUGGGCAUUGCAUAGAACAGAAUGCGCCACAGAGUGAGCCAGAAAUCUGCCACUUUGAGGAUAUCUUUACAUUCUGCCUCAAACGAACGCUGGCUGAGCAAGCUAGUUGUUUCUGGGCUUUCCUCGUUCUUCGUGUCGCUACCAGCAACACUAAUGCUGACAUCUAUAUGGAUUGGAAGAGAACUGGUUAACAAUGAUGUUAUUGUUGCAGUGGUGUACGUGUUGCCCGGAAUGUUCUCAAUUGCGACCACUGUGGCUAUUUUUCUUUUGACCAAGUCUCUACGACUGCGACUGCUCAGACUAAUGAAAUGGCGGUCAGUUUUCAAGGCAACUCAUUUGAAAGUUUACAGAGUAUGGUUUGUAGCAC